AGCCGCACUGUGAGUCCAGCUGGUGGGAGUUAGCUGUGUAAUGGCGGCUGUGGUGUUGAUGUCUGUCGAGAGUCCCGGUCCCGGGUUUGGGAUUGGCGGCCACAAUAACAGCGGGACCGGAGCGACUGGGAACGGCCACGGGGUAGCUGGACCUGCGUCAUGGAACCGUUCUUUGGACCGGGCCCUGGACGAGGCGUCCGUGACGGGCUCGCUGAACCUCAGCGGCAGGAAGCUGAAGGAGUUCCCGAGAAGCGCCGCAAACCACGACCUGACCGAUACGACUCAGGCCGAUUUGUCCCGGAACCGGCUGCCAGAGCUGCCGAUGGAAGUGUGCCACUUCGUGUCCCUGGAGAGCCUGAACCUCUAUCAGAACUGCAUCCGGCAGGUCCCUGACUCGGUGCUCAACCUGCAGUCACUCUCCUACCUGAACAUCAGCCGGAACCAGCUGUCCACCCUGCCCGGGUCACUGUGCAGCCUGCCCCUCAAGGUGCUCAUCGCCGCCAAUAACAAGCUGCUCUGCCUGCCAGAGGAGAUAGGACAUCUCCGCCAGCUCGCAGAGCUCGACGUGAGCUGCAACGAGAUCCAGUCGCUGCCUUCUCAGAUUGGCCAGUUGGAGGCUCUGCGGGACCUGAACAUCCGCAGAAACCACCUGGCCCGGCUGCCAGUGGAGCUUGCAGAGUUGCCACUGGUCCGGAUAGAUUUCUCCUGCAAUAAAAUCACCACAAUCCCAGUGUGUUACCGGAAUCUGAAGCACCUGCAGACAAUUAUACUGGAGAACAACCCUCUGCAGUCUCCCCCUGCACAGAUCUGUAUAAAGGGCAAAAUUCACAUAUUUAAGUACCUAAACAUAGAGGCCUGUAAGAUCACCCCCGAUCUGCCAGAAUACGACAGAAGACCGGCUGCCUUCGGAUCCUGUCAUGAAGACCUGUACCCCAGCCAGACGUACGGAGCGCUGGACUCGGGGUUCAACAGUGUGGACAGCGGGGACAACAGGUGGUCUGGGAACGAGCUUCUUCUUCCUCUCCAGCCCACUGACGAGUUCUCAGACCUUCCGCUGCGAGUGGCGGAGAUCAAGGAGCAGCGUCUGCGCAGAGAGAGCCAGUACCUGGAGAGCAGGACCGGGGCGCUUGUAUCCAAUGGGACAGUGGAGCAUGACGUGGAGCAGAUUGACUUCAUUGACAGCUGUCCUGAAGAGGAUGAGGAGGCACGCACACACAAGGGGGCCGAUCGAGGCAGCCUCAGCUCACAGUUCAUGGCAUACAUCGAUCGCAGGAUCAGCCACGAGGGUUCCCCGGUGAAAGCCAGCCCCACGAGGGAUUCGUUACGAGCAGAUGAUUCACAGAGAUGCCAUCCCCUCCCCAGCAGGAAUGGUGGAUGUGCAUCGCCAUCUAGUCCCUACAACCAGUGUUCUCACAGAGGCCAGGCCGGGGUGGAGCGAGCCCGCAGAGAGGCCCAGCUAGCAGCGCUGCAGUAUGAGGAGGAGAGGCAGAGGACCAAGCAGAUCCAGAGAGAGGCCGUCCUGCACUUUGUCAAGGUAGACCCACCUCCUCCCUCCUCUUCACUCCUGAAUGACCUGGACUUCAAGCACAAAACGACACUGAGCCCCACAAAACAGAGCCCCACAGACAGUGAGCGCCUUUUCCCCUCCAGACGUUCCCAGCACACAGACGACUCAGCACUCUUAGUGAAUGGGUGUCAGCCCCUCAUGGUGUUUGAAAUAGACACUAACACCAAUACCAUUAAGAGGAGACCGGGAACUCACAAACAGUCUCUCUCUGGGACUUCCCACGAUGGUUGUGCCUCUCAUGUCUCUCCUGCAGCAGCAUUUACCUCCCCCUGCUGUCCACUCCAGCAGAACAACGAGAGAUCCCCACUUUCACCGAGUGCCUCUUUCCCCCAAUCAGCCCUCCAAUCGCCUCCCUACCCUGGCCCUGCUUCCCCGCCCUCCUACCGAAGCCCCUCCCAUCGCCCUGAGAGCUUCCUGUUCCGCGCUGCUCUGAGAGAGGAGGUUAAGAGAGAUUACUCACAGUAUGGAGCAGCACUGACCCCAACCCCUGACACAGCUCCUCUCGUUCGUCUAGCAGUGACCCCCACACUGUCCCCUACGUCCCCUGUGUCCCCUACGUCCCCUGUGUCUCCAGUGGGAGAUUCUGAGGAGCCGAGGAGCCCGCAGAGCGAUGGGGAGCUGGGAGAAGACUCCCCUCUCGCAGAGGAGCUACGCAAGAAUAUCGAGUCCCGGUUGAAAGUGUCGUUGCCUAGCGACCUGGGGGCGGCCCUGACGGACGGAGUGGUGCUCUGCCACCUAGCCAAUCACGUGCGGCCGCGGUCAGUGUCCAGCAUCCACGUGCCGUCUCCCGCUGUGCCUAAGCUGACGAUGGCGAAGUGUCGACGAAACGUGGAGAACUUCCUGGAGGCGUGCCGCAGGCUGGGGGUGCCGCAGGCCCAGCUGUGUCUGCCGCUGCACAUCCUGGAGAUGAAAGGUCUGGCUCAGGUGGCCGGGACGGUCCAAGCCCUGCUGGAACUGGCACCCCCCAAAAACCUGCAGCUCUCCUCGGUGUAAGAUCCCCCAGCAGGAACCCCCCAGACCUCUCAUCCUCCCCUCACACUCCCCUGCAGCCUCUGCUCAUCACGGACCAGGACAACUCCUCCACAGUGGGACCCAGUGCAGGAGUGACCCUGCAGACCCCUGACCCCAUCAUUAUUUCAUCAGCAGCUUCCAGACCCACAGGGACAGCACAGAGAGGCUGUGCUCACCAGAGUGACUGCAGGAACCACUGUCUCUUCUCUUCUUUCACUCCUCUGUUCCUUUCUCCCACUUUUUCUUCUCCCUUCUCUUUAUCACUGUCCCUUUUUCCUUUCUCCAUACGUGUCUUUUAUCCAGUUCAUUUUAUUACGGGGGUGGAAAAACCCUCCUUUCUUGUAUGGGGUGGGGGGGUGUCUAUACAGUGGUUAAUAGUUUUUUCCAACAUUGUUUCAGGGUUUGCAUGGCACAUAGAAACCAAACCUCACUGCGGUCACUGAAGUGUUGUUUUUUUAAAGCAGUUUACUUCAUGUUGGUGAACAUCAGCGUGAUUCUGCUUGGCAUAGAAGACGCUAUUGCAAUUGUUUUAGGGAGAAAAUGGACGUUCAAUCCUAUUGCAUUCCAGUGACAAACUUACUUUCUGACACUGAAAAGAUUAGUAUUUCUAAGCUUUUUAAUGUAUGCUGUACACAAUAAUUAAACAGAAUACACACACACAGAGUGAAGACGGUUUAACUGGGAUCAUUAUAAAAACCACAAUCGCUGAACAUUCAAGCAUCAACAGUCCUGUUGCAUUACAUCAAUAAAUUGAAACAAUACAGAUUGCUGAAAGAUUUUUAAAAAAAGUGGUGGAAAUAUACAAAGGAGAUGAGGAGGACCAGUUUCUGAAACUCAGACUUGGCGUUUUUGGCACAAACCUGAUGCAGUGUUGUUAAAAUCUUCCCUGGCUUGUGUUUCUGUCCUGGGCUGUCUGGGCUGACAGAUGAUUCCAGUGGCAGUGCUUUGGUGUUUUGGGUUUUCCUGGUUUGUUCUGUCAUGUGGACCACUGAAGGCUCAGCUGAUCUCAGCUGUGUUAUUAGUGUGCAGUUCAGUUUUCGCUGCUUGCUGUUUUAUUCCUACAAGAUUCAGCCUGUCCCUGUAAUCAAGGAGUUCCUUGGUCAGCACACUUUGCAGUGCUUGACUGUGCGCAAGUGUUGCAUGAACUUGGUGAAUAUUGACCAUAUCUCGCCAAAAAGAAACAUGUAUCAUUUAUUGGGGGUUACAGAUUUGAAACAAGUUCACAAUGAAAUAGCUACACUAUUUAACCAAAUGCAUGGCUGUGCAAGAGAGCUGUGAAGAUGCACACGCUUCAGCUCUCCACCAGACACAGGCAAUGUUUAAACACAAUAAUAUUAGUAAGAAAUGCUAAUUCCAGGAUAUGCAAGUCUCAACAAUUCAUAUAUAGGAAAACACAUGCAUGCCUCUAUCGAAAGAGGACCUAGUCUUCAGAUGGUUUAUUUUGAGGCUGCUUACGUAAAAGCUUAUUAACAUGUCAAUAGUGUAGAUCUCAAUAACAGUAAUAAACUUUCUUCAUGUGAUCUAUGAUAGUGUAGCGCUUGCUGUUCUAGCCAUGCAUGCUCUUGUCUCAGAGAAUCCCACGCCAUUCCUCUUUCAGUUGUGGCAGUCACUUCAGUGUCUGCUUAGUUUACAGGGAGAGAACUUGAAGGUGCUGGCUGGGAUUCAUUGCAUUGUGACACAGCUUUACUGUUCAGCUGCACUUCAGCGGUUUUUAUGCUUCAGCCAAUUGCCUAAAUACUUUUUAUAUACGUUUAUAUUUGUGUUGCCUUGCAAUGUAUGUACAAGAAGUAACCCUCUGUGACAUUAUAACAGUGGAAAUGAUUCUGAUUAUACAGUACAAGGCUGGAGCAUAACCCCUAUCUCUGAAUUGAGAACCGCUGCAUUCCGUGAUCUUUCCCUGGAGUUCUUGAGCUCAUCUGGGGCUAUGUCCUGGUUUCUACACGGAGUAGUGACUGUUUAGGAAAAUAUUUCCCAUUCUGAGUUUAUUUUUCUGCCCCCCUUCAGGUUCUGUGCUGCAGAGGCAGAAUUUUUCUGCCCCCCUUCUCAUUCUGUGCUGCGGAAGCAGUAUUUUGGUUUGAAGCCAUAAACGCUCAACUUGCUGUCCAGAAACUCAUGCUCCCAAUUCACAUGUCCCUUGAGUGUAAAGUUAAAGGAACAGUUAUUGCUUUUUAACUGAAAGGCUUUUGUAAAGAAGCACCAACUAGACGUUCAGCGCUCUGCCAAGUCCUGGGGUAUUCCCACAGGUGCUGUGUGGGGAGUUUCCCAAGCGGUUCAUAUCGGCCAGUAAUGGUCAUCUCACUUGGCAUGUCUGCUGAAACUUAAAAUGACAGGUUUUACAUUUUUUUUAUUUUGAAAACUUUACAGUUCUUCUGACAUUGUUUUUGUAAUUUCAACUCUGCUAUAUAGCCCCCUUCUGGACCAGGAUCACAUAUAUUUAAUGACAGUCUAUAUACUGUAAUGUACUUGACUUACCAGUGUAUGUGCUUGUUAAUUUAUUCUAUUUUUUCAAACACUAAAAGGUAUAAAAAUGCUGUAAAAUCCUGGUCUUUGCGGGGUUUACUAUGUCCUUGCUACAUGUUUGCAGAGACGAUUUCAGUGCAGUCCAUGAAGAUAAGGACUAGGAAGUGAAACUUCCUGUAGUGUCAGACUUCAUACAGUAAACACUUACUGUAUGUAUUAUUUUAUUAUUAGUACAUGGAUACCAAAAGGUUAGUGCAGUGCAAGUAUCUGACACAGGAAUUACCGGAGGACUGACAGGUUGAGAAUGUGUACCUGGUGAUUCUUAAAAUACAGCAAAUAAUCCUUGACUGUUUCGAACUUGCUUUUUAUUGAUAUGGGGCUUUGAAAAAGGAAGUUAAAGGUGUUUUUAUUAUUAUUUUAAAGGUGUUUGUUUUCCUCCUGUGUAGAUAAGAUUUCAUUGUUUUUUAACUGAAUCCAAAGUAUGGUAGAGUUCAAGCAAGCCCUUGUAAUCAUGUAAUUAGCUCAGUUGCAGGGAGCUCCCCAUGGCCUCUGUGUUACUGUACAGUAUAUAAAUACAUUCCGUACAAUGAAAAGUAUGUAUUUCUUUUUAAAUUGACCUGUUUUUUUAUUUUUUGUUUUUGUUUGUUACUAAACAAUAUAGGGAAAACUGACCUGUCAAUUUAUUAUUUGGUGUAAUGUUAAAAAUAAAGAUGAAUUUUUUCAAGUCUAA